CGCAAUGCGAGUCGUCGCGCUCGUGCUGGCUGCUGCCAUAGGCGCCGAUGGGCACGUCCAGGGAGACAUUCGCGCUGGGCGCGUGCCCAGCCGCGGCGUCAACCUCGGCGGCUGGCUCGUCGCCGAGUACUGGAUGACGACGUCGUCGAGCAUCUGGAACGGCGUGCCAGCCGACAGAGCGGCGCAGGGCGAGUACCACGCGAUGAGUGUCCUUGGCCACAGCGCGGGGGACGCAGCCUUUGAGAGCCAUCGGCGGUCGUUCAUUACGCAAGCCGACAUUGCGCAGGUCGGUGCGGCAGGCCUCAACACGGUGCGCGUGCCAGUCGGGUAUUGGAUUCGCGGCUGCGGUAUGCUCACCGGCGCCCUCUUCCAGCAGUGCUCGGUCUUUGCGCCAGGUGGCCUCAAGUACCUCGACAUGCUCAUUCAGCAGUGGGCGCGCGCGGCAGACGUCGCGGUCCUCAUCAGCAUCCACGGCGCGCCAGGGUCCCAGAACGGCAACGACCACAGUGCCGCGGUUGUCAAAGGCAAAGUCGACUGGCCCAACGACCCAAUCAACGUCAAGGUGACGCGCGAUCUUGUGCUCUUCCUCGUGGACCGGUACAAGAACGAGCCGGCGUUCCUCGGCGUCGGGCUGCUGAACGAGCCGGACGGGCAAAUGAACUCGAACGUGCUCUUCUCGUACUACAUGGCGUCGUACAACGACGUCCGGUCCGUCUCGGACUGCAUCCUCACCAUGAUGCCGCGGCUGUACAACCAGUAUGCCGGCAACGGCGACGCCAUGGGCGACUUUGGCAAGACGAUGCAAAACGUGUGGAUCGAGUGGCACCCGUACCUGAUUUGGGGCUACGAGAGCUACUCGGAGGCGAUGUUGCUCAACCAAGGCAUCAACAGUAUCGCCAACAACAUUGCCAACUGGCGCGGCCACCCGCUCUACUUUGGCGAGUGGAGCAUCGUGACGCCAGCCAGCACGUUCUCGAAUCCUGAUGCAUUAGCGUCGUUUCGGCGCCAGCUCGUGCCGGUCAUGAACGCAGCCCAAGGCGGGUGGGCGUACUGGACGUGGCGGGCGGACGGCGACGGGAAUGGGAACAAGUGGUCGCUCCGAGACCUCUUGCGCCGCAUGCAGUACCCGAUUGUGCGCACGGCCGCGAAUGCGGUCGGGUCGUCGCCGCCGCUCAGUGUCCUGCAGUCGAACGGCGUCGGACUCAGCCUGCUGACGCAGACGCAAAGUCUAGCUGCCGAUCCCGCGUGGAUUGCGGCCAUGGGGCCGCUGGUCGCUGAGCGCUGGAGCUACAACCCGAGCACGCAGCAGCUGCAGUCGCUCACAAAUGGCAACUGCCUCGACGCGUACUUUGACAAUGGUCUCCAGCGCAACGUCAUCCAUGGCUACAGCUGCGACGGCAGCAAUGCCAACCAAAAGUGGCAGCUCGUCAACCACCAACUUGUAAACAAAGGACUCUGUCUGGCGCUCGUGGACGCGGCGAUCAACACGGACUUGGUCGGUAACCGGCGGCUUGUUGCUUGCGACACGGCGAGUACGGCCCAGUUCUUCACGCUUGGCAUCGAAGUCGCUCGGCUACGCAUUGCGUCAUUGGCGUCGCUCGUGCUCACAGCAGGACUGACCUUUCAGUCGCCUUUGGCGCGGGACACGUCGCAGCUCUGGCUAUUCAACCACCUCGACUACACGGUCAUGAACCAAGGUAGCGGUCAGUGCCUCGACGCGUACGAGGCCAAGGUCGGCGGUGCCGUCCACCUCUACGAGUGCGUACCCGGCAACGUCAACCAGCUCUGGCGCUACAACCCGCAAACGCGCCAGCUCCAGCAUAUGGGGCACGCAGGCUACUGCCUCGACGUGUACGGCCCACCGCACCUCAAUACAUGCUAUGCAAUGGGCGACCCCGCCAUGUGGGCACAGGCGCUCCAACUCGAGUGGAUCUCGUUCCCGGCCCUCACGGGUGGCUACGCGGCUGUCCAGAGCUCGUAGAGCGAGACGAUACCUCUUGAAUAUUUGUGGAUUUACUUGAA